AUGACGUGCUGGCAGAAACCUCCAGUCCGCCGGUACUGUGCCUCUGGGCAGACCGAAACCGUGCCGAACCUUGAUUUGCCCGCAAUGCCAGAGGUCCAUGCAGGAUCUCACCCAUCUCACUGGCUGCGCGGCCAAGCAGGCAGUGCUUUGGCCAGCCAACUAGGCGUUGCAUUAGCAGUAUUAAUUCUGAAUCUCGGGAUGCCCUGGCAUCAAUGUGCCUGUUCCCACCCGCAACGCCGAGCUCUGGUUCGCCAUUCCCCGGUCCAGCGGGGAUGA